UCUGGUGAUUUGCAAUUUUAAAAUGAAGGCUUUGAUUCCUAUGAUGCCUUGAUAAGGAAAUUCAUUGAUGAAAAUGACAUAACCUAGAAGGAAUAAAAUAAUUUGAUUGAAUGGAGGAGGAGUGGAGAGAUCUAUCAGUUAACUGAAAAUGAGGGAAGGAUUCUGGUUAUGAGUUCUUUGAACCUUUUAAACAUGGAUGGAGAAAAUGUAGAACAAAUAACAAAACAUGACGUUGCAACAUAUUAUGGAUCAUUUGUUUGGGCGAUUAGGAUAGCACAUCGUAAAAUAUAUCCAGAAUGUAGAGCCGAUUUUUUGUUCUUUAGUAAAAAAAGCAAUGCCGAGAGUUAAAGGCUAAUUAAAUAAAAGUGUAAGCGAUUCUUAAGAAAGACCAAUAACCAGUAGUGA